GCUCAGUGACUGACUGAUUCAGAUGACCAGCGUCUCCGUCGCCGUCGUAGCUCCUCCGCAUCGUUGCCCAUUCUCUCGUCAUCUGAGUCUGAACAAGCUUUCUCUUCAAAUUCCUAGAACCGGUUGGCGGAGGAAACAGCUAGGGUUUGCUUUAGCAUCAGCUGCGGCUUCAGAAUCGCCAUCAGAAGCUACCUAUGAUCCGGAGCUCCGUUUAGUUUUCGAACUCGCUACCGAUUCUGAGUUGUAUGAGCUCGAGAAAAUCCUAUUUGGUCCCAGCUACUUCAGCCCUUUACUGAAAUCAAUCCCAAACAAAGGAGGAGGUGACCGGUUAAUGAUAAGCCAAGACAUUCAAGUGCGAGAUGGUUAUAUCGAAGCUCUUGAAUCGAGAUUCUUGUUUCUCGCUGCAGAUGCUCGCUCAACACUCAGGGGUUGGAGGCCUUCAUACAAAAACGUUUUACUUGCUGUGAGAAAUAAUUUGAAUAUUCCCUGCUCCAGCCAAUUGCCAACUGAAGACCUAGAAGCAGAGAUUUUUCUUUAUCUUGUCGACAAUUUCUCGAGUGAAGCAUCAGGGGUUUUUCCAGGCUUGUGGGAAAAUUCUGAAGUCUCAGAGGCAAAGGGAAGCUUAGAACUCGGGCUCAGUAAAUGGAAAGUUGAACUACUUGCUGCACUACAAGUUGGUGCUACAGAGGUCCAAUCUAUGAUUCUGAAGGGUGGCGGCAUGAUCACAUUUGCCAAAGUUUAUCAGUUGUUGGCUAAGAAACUAUCGGGAAAAGUAUUCCUUGAAGCUGCCAACUACCAGAUUAGGAAAGAGAUGCUAAAAAAGGGUGGACAGUUAGCCGCCAUUAACUUGGAAUCUCGAGCAGCUCUGCUUGCAGCAAAGCAUGGCUUUGCAGGAGCUGCAUCCAGAUACAUUGGCUUAAGAACAGCGAUGCAAUUACUCGGCCCCAUGAUGUGGGGGACAUUACUGGCUGACUUAGUUAUUCAGAUGCUCGAGACUGACUACGCUAGAAUCUUAAGAGCAAUUUACGCUUUUGCUCAGAUUCGGAUCACCAGGACAUACAGGCUACCUUGUAAAUGAAGUAACAGUUUUGUUUUCUCAAUCUCAGUGUCCCUACGAAUUAUGUCGGCAAAAUGUUUAUCACACUCGUAUAAUUCGCUUGUGGUUGAAAUGAAAUUAGACGGUACUC